AUAUUGUUAUUUUCAUAUAUAAUGCUGAAAUAAAUUUCAUGAAAUGAUAUAUUAGCCAAAGCGGCAACUAUUUGUACGAAACUAAUGAUAUUCAAAAAUGGUGGAACUGGAAAAGGGAAAUUGGCCUGUCGACACCGAAGUUAGUCUCUUUCAUGCAAUGAGAGGUCAUAAACCAGUUGGUGUUAAUAAACAUUUCCAAAUGUUGUUCAUCCAUGAAAAAUUGAACAGUUCAUCUAGUAGGAAAAUCUCCUCAAAAGACAUUUGGGAACAUCUAAAUUCUAUGUAUGAUUUACAAGCACUGAAUGAAUCUGAAAUCAUACCAUUCCCAAACAAAGAGGCUGAAUUUGAUCUCACUGGAAAGGAAUUUAAGGAUCUGCUUUCCCGGGAUUACCCUAGAAUAUUUUCAGAAUCAUCCCAAGACGACAAAUCGGACUCAAAGUCUGAUUCAGGAACAAAACAUGGAAAAACAGAGAAAAAUGAAUCCAAGCAAAUUGAAAACAAACACACUAGCAGCAUACUUCAUGCAAACACGCCAGAAAACUCGCCAAAGAGGAAAAGGACAAGAAACACUCCAUCAGCCAAUGCCAGCCCUGCCACUCCUGAUGUCCCACCUCCCAAACGGAGGCGUUGAAAGCAAAACUUGAUGCUUAAAGUGAUUACUUUAUACCUGAGUACUGUUGGAUACGGUAGUAUUAACAGAUGCUUAGAUUGAUAUGGUAUCAUUGUGGUGAUGCCAUGUUACUGCUGCAGAUCUACAAAGUAGAGGGACAGUGAUGGUAUCUGUGGAUUCCUGGGCCAGUGAUUCCUUUGUCUUUUCAGUCCCAUGGAUGAACAUUUCCGAUCAUUUUUAUCAUAGAUGUUUGAUUGUUUUUCUUUUCAAAAAACGUAUUGGUAAAUUCCAUUUCUUCAUACAAUGAGUAUGAAUAUUGAAAUAAUGUGUUUUGAGAUAAAGUUUUUUAUUCAUAUAUUGUUGGGUUUUUUUUCUUUCUUUUACCACUAUUGGUAAUUUUUUUUAAAAUCUUUUAGUUUCUAACAUUUGAUUGAUAUCAAAGAAAGGAAAAUAUUUUUUUCAAAUUUUGUGACUAGUCUUUUAAAGGGAAUGUUUUGGAUUAUUUUUACCAUUCUAAAUAAAUUGUUCACAAAUUGUAUCUUUUAUAUAUAAAUGUUUUUCUUGCCAUGAGGGGGAAAUUCCUUGAAAUUUUUGUAGGCAGGAUUCAGACGAAACAACAGAACAACUUGGAGAUAAUCAAACUUCUUUGUUCCUCGCCUGUUCGUCGAAACUUCGGUGAGCAGGAUUCAGUCAAAGUCAUAGAAUGGGGUCCAUAAAACUUUCCAUACUUAUUCCCCAUUUAAAUUGUCAAGAUCAAGCUCACUGGAUGAAUUAUGUCUCCCCUUUUUCAGGGGGGAGACAUUGUUUUUGUACUUUCUGUCCAUCCAUCUGUCACAAAAUCUUGUGAACGCUCCUCCUCUUAUAUGGUUUAUCAGAUAGAACUUUGUACAAUGCUUAAUUUUCAUUUGUAGACGUGCAUAUUGUUGGGACAGGAAGAUCCAAUUGUUAUCCUUAAAGUUAUAGUGGAUCUAAGAGGGGUGGGGGUGUAAAAUAGUUUGUGAACACGUCUUUUCCUAUAUGGGUUAUCAGAUAAACUUGAAACUUUGUACAAUGAUUCAAAGCCAUUUGCAGAUGUGCAUAUUGUUGGGGCAGGAGGACCUGAAAGUUAAUAGUGGAUCUAAGAGGAUAUUGUAGGGACAGGAAGAUCCAAUUGUUAUCCUUAAAGUUAUAGUGGAUCUGAGGGAUGGAGAGUGUAAAAUAGUUUGUGAGCACUUCUCCUAUAUGGCUUAUCAGAGUUCAUAAUGUCCAAGUACCUGCUCAUGCUUUCUCCUCUAUACCAUAUGCAGUACAUUAAGGGGGGGAGGGAGGUUUCAUUUGGAGUACUUCCAAUUUGGGGAGCUGGGGAGACAUUUGUUCUUCAUAAAAACAAUCUCUAGUUCAUGCAGGGAUUGCUCAUCUUCCUUUUAAAAAAGAGAGAGGAGUGUACAUUUCAGCUGUGGCUUACAGCAAUGGCAGGGAUUGUAGAGGUGUUUAUGAAAAUGGCAUUCAAAUUUGCUGCAUUCUGAAUAAGCGCAAUGCAUGCUCUUUGGGUGAGCCAAGCCCUAGCUGGGAGUAUUAAUCCUAGCUGUUAGGACAAGUCUAGUUUGGAGGGGAUUGGUGAAUUGCCCAAUGCCUUCAUUAUUUUGGAUAUUCCAUAGUACAACUAACCAAAACAUCUAUACGCCUUAUAUUUUUCUUUUGAAAAUUGUUUCUUUUUAAAGUUGAAAUGUUGGUGCUUUUAUCAAUACUCAAAAUAUAUUGAAAUAUCAUAACUCUCUUAUAUAGUAACAGGAAGGGAGAAAGUGCAAUGGACCAGACCAGGAUUUGAACCUGGGCCCCCUCAAUCUCCAGUCAUGUGCUUCACCAACUAAGCUCUCUGGCCACUGGCAAUCAAACCCGUCUUGACCACCACAUUCCUCCCUCCUUAAAUGUCUUCACACCUUGAAGACCUCAACCCAGGAUCCAUAUCCUCAAACAGGCAUUUUCAUCUGACAGUUUCAGGGGCUAUUUAUGACCCCAAAUGAACCAAUAAGGGGAAAAAUGAAAUGGACCAGACCGGGAUUCAAACCCAGGCCCUCUGAAUCUCCGGUUAGGUGCUCCACCAACUGAGCUAUCUUAAGUCACUGGUGAUUGAACCUCUCUGACCACCACAUUAAAGAUCCUGGGUUGAUAUCUUCAAGGUGUAAAGACAUUUAAUGAGGGAGAAAUGUAGCGGUUGGAAGGAUUUGAUUGCCGGUGGCCAGAUAGCUUAGUUUGUAGAGCACCUGACUGGAGCAUCGGGGGUCUUGGUUUAAAUCCUGGUCUGUUCUGUUGCAUUUUCUCCCAAUCUGAUUAAAAUCAGAUCCUUUGAUCUGCUCCUGUAGAUUGCUACACAAAGAUCUGAAGUAACCCAAUAGAGGGUCACGUCCACAUGACCUUUCGUUCAGAAUAUUAAAGAGAACUAUCAGCCAAUUAGAUUGUGCCGUAUAGAUAAUGAUGUCCCAGUUAAUUCUUAAACAAGUCGCAGUAAUCUCUCUCCCACAAAGUUUAUUCCUCACUAUAAAACUGUAAUUGCCAGCAUAAGAUUUUCAAAACUUUCGCAAUAAUGCCUAAUUUAUUUGAUUCACACAAAUACCUAACAUGGGUGCAGUUAUCUUAAGAACGCAAAUUGACACAAGGGUUUAUAGGAAAAACACUGCUGGCAGAAACCUGACAGUGUGUAUUUGACUGGCUCAAUGAAAGGUCAUGCGGACGUGACCCUCUAUUGGUUACUUCAGAUCCUUGUACAGUAGUGAUCUACGUGAGUGGAUCAAAGGAUCUGAUUUUUAAUCAGAUUGCAUUUUCUCCUUUCCUAUUGCGUUUAGUGCUGCUGACCACCCCGGACUUCAGGUGAAUUUAAGUCCUUCCAGGGGCAAAAGAAUCUGGGUUGUGUGUCUUCGAGGGCGAAGACAAUUUAAGGAGAGAGGAAAAUGUAGUAGUUCGGGCUAUAUGGACCGUGAAUAUAGGCCUUGAUAGCUCAGUGGUUAGAGUACCUGAUUAGUAAUGCAAGGGUCCUGGGUUUGAUUCCUCAGGUCCAGCCCAAAAGCUUCUCCUUUCAUAUAUUACAAUAUAUACUGACAUUGAUAAUUAUUGUACACAUUUAAAAAUUUAUAUAAACUUGUUAGGGCUCCACACUGAAAAUAUACUGAAACCCUGUAUUAAUCACAUUGUCCAUAUGCAUUUUUGACCUUUACAUUUAUAUCUUAAACAAAGGUAUAGUUAAAUUAGUUAAUGAUUAAAAAAGACAGUGCACCUGUUGAAUUUGUAGUCACAAUUUUAAGGUCAAAUGUCAAUGCCGUGAGAUGACAGCAGACCUUCACACUUUCAUUGUGACACAAUAUUCUACAUACAGAAAGGUAGUUGUAUAUUAAAGGAAAACUUCUAUAGAUUAUGGGAGUUUGCUUGUCUGUUUUUCCACCAUCACUUUCAUUGUGACUCGGUAUCUUGAACAGUUUUCAAUACAGUGCACUGCAUGCCAUUGCACAUGAUGUGUCAUGCAGUUGGAUAUUUAUUCAUCAUAAAUAGAUGAGUGUGCACGAGACGAAAUCAUGUCAAACUUCAGGUACAACUCACUUGUAAAUACACCUCUUGAUUUGUUCAAAUAAAUGCAGAAAUUACAUUUCAAAAGCAUUUUCAUUUUAUUACACUGUACGUAAUAUUUAGAUAAAUAUGAAUUACUUAACAAGUUUGGCUUGUACAAAGAAGUGCUACAUAACUAAACUAUUAGGAGUGAUAAAUCAUUUUCCUUCUUGCAUAGCACCUGGUACUCAUUAAGCUUGAGCUUGACAGAUGCAAUUUGGCUUUUAUCAAAAUGAUCUUUGCAUGUCCAACUGAACUCCUUGAAACACCAUGGCUUGGAUCAUUUGGGUCAUUAAUGGACCUAUGAGAUAAAUGGAAGAUGCAUUUUAAUUGUACAAUAUUUUGUAUUAAUGUCAUGAUUGUUGGAAACAAAAUAUGUAUUUAUAUCAAUUAUUGUAGUUUUAAAAUAAUAUAGUAAAUUUUGUGACAAAAUGUGUAUUUCUUGAUGUGAUAAAUUUUAGUGAUCACAUUUUGUCUGUCUGUCUGUAAACUUCUCACAUUUUCAUCAUCUUUUCCAUAACCGCUGGGCCAAUUUUAACCAAGCUGGGUACAAAGCAUCUCUGGGUAAAGGGGAUUCAAGUUUGUUCAAAUGAAGGCUUGUGCCCCCUUCACAGGGGAGAUAAUCACGAAAAUGCAAAAAUGGGGUUGGGUUAUUUAAAAAUCUUCUUAAGAAACACUGGGCCAGAGGAACUGAAAUUAUAUGGAAGCUUCCAGACAUAGUGCAGAUUCAAGUUUGUUCAAAUCAUAAGCCCCUGGGGGUAGGGUGGGGCCACAAUAGGGGAUCAAAUUAAGUUUUACAUGUGAAGAUAUAGCGAAAAUCUUUUAAAAUUUUAAUUCUACAGAACCACUGGGCCAGGAAAGUUGAAAACAAGAGGUACUGUGACCAAUGCUCACUAAGAAUACCCCCGCUUACCCCAAUCUCCCAAAGGGUGUUGGUAAUAGGUAUAAACUACCUCUUUUCUGAGUGUACAUUUUCCUGCAAACUUCAGUGUCAACUUCUUAUUUUCGCAAACUUCAGAAUAAACUUCAGUAUUAUGAUCCAAAAGGUAUCUAGGAACACAGCAUCUCCAUGCGAUGAAAAAAGCCGUUAAAGAAUUUAAAUGGAAAGCAUAUUGCUACUUCGAUGUCCAGUGUGCGUGACCUUUGACAUUUAAAUCGAUAGGGAACAUCUUCAUCCCAUGGGUAGUCCAUAUGUAUGAUAUGGUGACUGUAGGUGGAAAGGAUAACGCUUUAGAGCCCGGAAACCAUAUUGCUACUUCAAUGUCCAAUGUACUUGACCUUUGACCUUUUGACCCUAAAAUCGAUAGGGAACAUCUUCAUCCCAUGGGUAGUCCAUAUAUAUGAUAUGGUGACAGUAGGUGGAAAGGAUAAUGCUUUAGAACCCGGAAACCAUUGCGUCUACAGACGGACGGACAGACAGACGGACAACCCGAUUGCAGUAUACCCCCCCCCCCCCCCCCCCCCCCCACACACACACACACAACUUGUUGCAGGGGGUAUAAUUACAUGAAAGCUUAAUCGUAGCAUAUAGCACAGAUUCAAGUUUGUUAAGAUCAUCGCUCCCAGGGGUAGGAUGGAGCCACAAUAGGGGAUCAAAUUUUUACAUGCAAAGAUAUAGGGAAAAUCUUUAAAUCUUUAAAGAUCUUCUCAAGAACCACUAGACCAGAAAAGUUGAAAUCUACAUGAAAGCUUCAAUGCAUAGUGCAGAUUCAAGUUUGUUAAAAUAAUGGCCCCUGGGGGUAGGGUGGUGUCGAAGUAAGGGAUCAAAGUUUUACAUGUGAAUUUAUAGGGAAAAUCUUUAAAAUUCUUCUGAUGAAGAACCAUUAGGCCAGAAAAGUUCAAACUUAAAUGAAAGCUUCCUGAUAUAGAGUAGAUCCAAGUUUGUGCAAUUCAUAGUACCUGGGAAAAGGGUGGGGCCACAAUAGGGGAUCAAAGUUUUACAUAUGUUGAUAUAUUAAAAAAAAACUUUUAAAAUAUCUCUUGAACUAUUUAAGCUAGGGCUUUCAUAUUAUAUAUUCUUUAUGGUAAUUAAGACCUUUCAUGUGAUGCAGGGGUAUGUGAUCUUGUGACCUUGACCUGGAGGUUUGACCUACUUUUGAUAAAAAUCUUACCUUUACAAUAUGUUCUGAUCACUAUUUAUGGUAGAUCUUUCAUAUCUUGUCUAUAAAUUUCUUAUGGAAAGAUCUUUCAUUUCAUAUCAUGUCCUUAGACCUAGAACUAUUAAGUAUGUCCGGAAUUAUUUAAGGUAGGGCUUUCAUAAUUUGACAUAUAUAGGUUCUUUAUGACAAGAUAUUGUGACACAAUGGUGUGAUCUUUUCGAGUUUGACCUACUUCAAAAAACCUGACCUAUUCAAUAUUUCCUGAACUAUCAAGGUAGGGCUUUGAUAUUUUGUUUAUGGAAAGACCUUGUUAUAAUACUUUGGUGUUUGACCUUGCCCUGGAAGUUUGACCUACUUUUUACAAAAAUCUUACCUUUUCCUCAACUAUUUAAGCUAUGGAGCUUUCAUGUUUUGUAAUAUGUAUUUCUUAUGGCAAGAUCUUUCAUAAUUAUCAUACCAUGAUUUAUGACCUUGGUUUUAUCUAGAACAGCAGGAUCAAGUUAGUCAUUUUGGUGUUGAGGCAACUCUUUAUUAUAUAGGAAUUCAUUUUCAGUUAUGAUGUGAUCCUUUGGGGAUAGGUUAGGGCCACACUAUGGGGUCAAAAUGUUUCAUGGGAAUAAGAUUGAUAAAAAAAAUCUUUAAAAUCACAACAGCAGAACAAUGUGAUUUAUGUGAGUGAUGCGACCCAUGGGCCUCAUGUUUAAUAAGGUUACUGUAUUACUUGCAAACAUUUGUAAGGAGAAACUCCCUUAAAACUUAAUUGUUUAAAUUCUUUUUGAUACUUUUUGAAGUUUAUUGAUUGACCUGUUUUCAUACUGCACUUUACAUUAGAUAUUUUAUAAAGAUGCACCAAAUGUCAACAUUUUUUGAUUCUGAAGGACUCAAAUCUACAUAAGCCCAAAAAGGGUUAUGACAUAUAUGGCCAUAUCAUCUUAAUUAAAGGUCACAGUGACCUUACUGUAUAGGGUGUGACACACCUUCUACUUAAGGUGCAUUUACUGACCAAAUGUGAUGAUUCUAGGCCUUGUAGUAUUUUUAGGAGCUGCACAUAAAAAAAACCUAACAGACAGUAGUGGAUCAUUAACUGCAAGAUGUCUUUAAAUCUUUGGUCAUGAUCGAAGUCAAAGGUCAAUUUACAGCAGACCUUCCCACUAAAUUUAUCACACUUACUACUAUGCCUAAAGCUUCCUUACUUUAUACAAAAGUAGUUGAUUAUGCAGUUGAACAUAGAAAUGCAAAUUUGGGAAAGGUUUAAAUCAUCACUUAUGUCAAUCAUUACAAAAAUGAAUUCUGUGUCAUUAGUAGUACUACUACAUGUACAUAUAUAAUACAUAAAUUGAAUUCUCUGUGGAGUACGUCCUUCCUGACUGAGUCAGUUUUCCAUGGAAAGCUAGUCCACUGAACCAAAAUAAUGUUUACAUGUAGUGUGAUAAUCUGUCCUUGAUGCAUGCAUAAUAAUAUACAUGUAUUAGUCAUCAAUGCAGUGUUCUUGAAGUUGUUUAUGUUUAUCUUGAGAAGGCCGGGGCACUGGUUGAUUGACGUAGUGUAAAAGCAGAUUAAUCCCCUCACAUUAUAUGUGUGAUGGAGAGUCUUAUCAACGGUAACUGGGAAGAAUCUUCAUCCAAUCAGAUUUUAAUUACACAGGUUGACAACUGCAUGUUCAAAACAGAUGAUGGAUGAAUUACAAAUACCUAUAAUUUUUUAACAGGAACUUACUCAAUCUCUGCCAGCUUUAUUCAUCGGGGUAAUAUUACACCAUCACACAUGAGAAGAUGACAUUUGAAGUUGCAUUUGGAAAAAGGAUACAUGUAUUAAAAAACUUACUUUGGAAUUUUCAUUUUUCUACAUUUAUAGAAUUACUAAUCUGUAUACCUAUAGUACAGAAGAAAAACCUAGGUAAAUUGAAGGUUUUAAUUGGUCUAUGGCAUUGAUAGAUUGUGAAUAUUUUUUGUUUCCUGCUAUUUAGGUUAUAUUUCGGCACCUGCAUGUCAAACCUGUCAAUCAUUAUAUUGUAUACCGCAUUGAUGGAAUAAAAUUCAGUCAUGUUUUACAAUUAGUCAUUUCAUGUUAUGUUGUUCAGUUGUUUAAGCUGGCACAGUACCUCACUAUAUCUUAAUCACGGUAUAAUGCUUCAUUGUAAUUUCUCUUUUCCUUAAACAAUAGUAUUCCCAAGUGCCAAGUCAAGGUCAUUCUGAUUCACGUCUGGUUAGUGGUCAGUAUUGGCUAAUCUACCCUUUGAAUAGUUCAAAACUCACAUAGUGUUUGUUAAUUAAUGACCCAGAGUUGUAAACUAAUUUUGACUCAGUCAUGUAGACUAUAUCUUCAUUCAAGGUCAUUCAUUACUUUCCAAGACUUUAUUUUCACAUGGAUACAAUAAUGUAUUUAUUUACGAGACAUAACUUUUGUUAAUCAUCAUUUAUUCCUCAAGUUUUCUUUGCAUAAAAGUUUAUUCAUGAGAAAUAAAUCUAAUGCAAAUGGCUAUAGUCUCAUGAAAUUCUGUGUUAACCAUAUUUUCACAUAUGAAAUGUGAUUUUAACAUUAUCAAGUAAAGAACUCAAGCCAAAAAACCCCUGUAAUGGCCUGCACUUGGGGUGAAUCUAAAGUGUCUUUUAGUGAUUUUUUUCCUGUCAUUGAUUUCCAUCUAUACUACUUACUCAAAGCACAUCACUUCAUUUUUGGGAAACUGGAUGUUAAUUAUUUGAAAUUAAAAGUCAAACCCAUACAUGUAUUUGAUUAUACUGGAAAAUCACUAAAAUUUAAGAAUGGGCCAUUUUUUGUGGUUCAUGGCACAAGUUCUCUACAUGAGUCUUCAUUAUAACCUGUUAAAGUUAUGAAAAAGAAAACUGUUUAUAUGGAAAGGUUGGUAUUUAUUUCGCAAUAAACAUUUCAACAAAAAUAAUGUUCAAUAUGUUAGUUUCAUGUAACAACAAUGAAAUAGUCAUUGACAAAUGUUCAAAUUACAAUAUUGCAUUGUAGCAUUGGAACAAAACCAUAUCCCUUUAAUUGCAAGCAGAUGAAAAGGCAGGAAGAAUAAUUAUUGAUAGAAUAACAAAUCACAGUACAUGAAUUAGGAUGUUAGGAUAUUCCAGCUCAAACGAAUUAUUGCAAAUUGUUGUGUAUGAUGCACUUGGAGCAAAAAUGUUUUUUGCAUCAUUUUCAGAUAAACCUAUAAUGUGAUAAUUAAAAUGAUACUGUAACAAUGGAAUUGACAGAAUAUGCAUUUCUUGGAAAGCAUGGCAAUGAAGAAACAAUGUAUGACAUGAUUAUACUGGAACAACAAUGAAAACUCGUAACACAUCAAAUGUGAAAACAAACAAAAUGAAUGGAAAGAAAUAUCAAUGAAUCUCUCACAUAUUGUGUAAGGAGGUGUAUGUGAUUAAUCUUUUUAAAUAUGAAAAAAAAAAAACCUUUCGUAGGUAUUCAUAACUUUACAAGCGGAUCAGCAGUCAUUACAACACUGAUUUUAAAGUCUGUCUCAAUAUGUUCAUUCAGAAAAGAUAUGUACAUUGUUAUCUUCUGUCACAGUUUCAGCCUUCACUAAUGAAAAAUGUAACAUAAUAACAAGUAAUAUUAUAAUCACUUGUUCCAAAUGGGAGGAAAUACCCACCUCUCUAUUUUACAGAGGUUUGCAAAUAGUUGCCAUCCACAAUUUAAAUCAUAACGUCAUACUUCUGCACACGGAUGCUUCACAAUCUUCCUCUGGACAUUCCCAGAAAAUACAGUCCCCCACACAGUUGUAACACACCAGAAACACUGCAGCAACAAAAACGAUGCUGCAUAUUGUACAGGGUUUUCUCUCCAAGAAAAACCCUGUCAGGUACAGCACAAGGAACAUGGCAUGGUUAUGUAACAAUGCAGGAUUCAAUGGUUUAGGAAUUAGCAGCACUGGAAUUAACCACUGGAGACAAUACAUUGUUCACUGAAUUUACGCAAUAAAUUACGAACUUACGUGAUAAACACUAGAGUCAUGAUCUGUCGUUUAAUUCACGGUUUAUCCUUUAGAUUGGGAAUUUCUGUCUCUUAGAUAACAAAAGUUUAACUUUAAAAUUUUGUUCCGCCACCAAUACUGCUCUCUUUUUUUUGGCUGUUAAAUGUCAGCAGUUGUCGUGAAAUAUAACAGCCUGAAGUUUGUAAACAAGAUCUACUUUCGGUUUUUUUCCUUU